AUGGCGCUCGGUGAGCAUCAGGAGGGUCUCCAACAGGACGAGGCUUUGAAACGGGAGCGCACGGAGGCUGAGGCGCGGAAGGCUGCUCUUAGCAUCGAAGGUCCAGCUUCGGAGGUGUCUGUAAGGGCCGUGGAGACCUACGCGUGGUCUAGUGCACACGUGGCUGCGGCGCUCCUGCUAACCCUACUGCACCAAGCGAGGGUUGGUCCCAUCAAGGUACUAGAGCAGCAGGUGCCGGACUCCAUGGUUGAGAGUUUUUGGCUAGAGGCACCUCCGGCGGAGAUUUGCGCGGCUCUGGAGAACUUCCACCAUAACUUAUGGGCGAGGCAUGGCCGGAGCAUGACACUGCGCUAUAUGGCAGGUAUUUUGGAGCGGUUGGAUAGGAUGGACCGGAAAGGCCAUGAUGGUUCAGGACGGCGCAACAACAACAACACCGACAGCAGUGUAGCUAGUCAUGAUGAGGAGGAAUAUUCAGCGGACACCGAGCACAAUGGUGAGCUAACAAUGCAGGGGGAGAUGGGGGAGCACAACCAAGAUGAGGAGCACAUUGGAACAGAACAUGCUGAGCACUAUGAGAGCCUCGUGGUGCAGCGAGUGUUGAGCGCACAAAUGGAGAAGGCUGAACAAAAUCAGCGCCACACUUUGUUCCAAACCAAUAGUGGUAAGGUGAAGGUAACACGGUUGGUGAGAAUUAAUUUUGCCAUUGGUUCUUAUCAUGAUUCUAUUGAUUGCGAUGUUGUGCCCAUGCAAGCAUGCUCUAUGUUGUUAGGUAGACCAUGGCAGUUUGACAUUGAUUCUUUGCACCAUGGUAAAGCUAAUCAAUACUCUUUUAUGCACAAUGGCAAGAAAUUUGUUUUGCAUCCAAUGUCUCCUGAAGCAAUUUUAAAAGAUGAACUUACUAUAGCUAGUAAAUUGAAGAAUCAGAAGCAUGCUAAGAGUGAAAAUCAGAUUGUGGCAAAUGAACUUGAGAAGCAUAAAACAAAAAAUGCCAAAUCUGUUCAUGAUACUAAAAAUGAGAUUAAAUCAAUGCUACCACUGCCUGUUUGCUAUGCCUUAAUUUGCAAACAAACUUUGUUUUCACUUGAGGAGAUACCUUCUUCCUUGCCUCCUGCUGUCACUAACCUUUUGCAGGAGUAUGCGGACAUUUUUCCAAAGGAGGUGACAUCGGGGCUGCCACCAAUUCGUGGGAUUGAGCACCAGAUUGACCUCAUCCCUGGGACCUCCCUGCCCAACCGUGCGCCAUACAGGACCAACCCGGAAGAGACUAAAGAGAUUCAGCGCCAAGUGCAAGAAUUGCUCGACAAAGGUUAUGUGUGUGAGUCUCUUAGCCCCUGCGCUGUUCCUGUGCUUUUGGUUCCUAAGAAAGAUGGAUCUUGGCGCAUGUGUGUAGACUGCCGAGCGAUUAAUAACAUUACCAUCAGAUAUCGUCAUCCUAUUCCUAGGCUAGAUGAUAUGCUAGAUAAAUUAAGUGGCUCAAUUGUGUUCACAAAAAUUGAUUUGCGUAGUGGUUACCACCAGAUUCGCAUGAAGCUAGGAGAUGAAUGGAAAACAGCGUUUAAAACUAAGUUUGGUCUAUAUGAGUGGUUGGUCAUGCCUUUUGGUCUCACUAAUGCACCCAGCACCUUCAUGAGAUUAAUGAACGAAGUUUUACGCGCUUUCAUUGGUAGAUUUGUGGUGGUAUAUUUUGAUGACAUUUUGAUAUAUAGCAAAUCACUAGAGGAACAUCUCUAUCAUUUGCGUGCUGGUGCUACUGGUGAAUGGUGGACCAAUUAUCUUACCAUGCACGCUGCCAACCACCAAGUAUCUUGGGCAGAGUUCCACGAAGCCUUCCGUGACUGUCAUAUCCCGAAGGGGAUAAUGGAUAUCAAAAGGCAAGAAUUUCUGGACCUCAAGCAAAGAAGCAAAUCUGUUAUGGAGUACGUUCAAGUGUUCAACUACCUAGCCCAAUAUGCGUUGGAGGAGAUCAUUACCGACACGAGGAAGCAAGGUCGCUUUGUGCUCAGUCUAUCCUCCAAGAUGCAAGACCGUCUGUCGGCUUACGAGUUUGCCUACUUUAACAAGUUAGUGAGCACCUCCCUCACAGUCAAAUUCAAGAUGAAGAACCACCGGGAGGAGAAAAAGCGCAAGAGAAUUCCAUUACCUUCUGUGGGCGGGAACUCCUAA